UCUGCAGGCUGAGCUAGGCAACUAUGAUUCAGAGGAGCACAAUAACCAUUACAUCAGCGAAUUCCAGUUUGCACCCAAUCAAACAAAAGAGAUGGAGGACAAAGUAGUAGAACUGCACAAAACACACAGGGGCUUGACUCCAGCACAGGCAGAUUCUCAUUUCUUAGAAAACGCCAAGAGGCUUUCCAUGUAUGGAGUGGACUUACAUCAUGCCAAGGAUUCAGAAGGUGUGGACAUCAUGCUGGGUGUAUGCGCGAAUGGGCUACUUAUUUACAAGGAUAGACUCAGAAUCAACCGUUUUGCUUGGCCCAAAAUUUUGAAAAUCUCUUAUAAACGCAGUAACUUCUACAUCAAGGUCAGGCCAGCAGAGCUGGAACAGUUUGAAAGCACCAUUGGGUUCAAAUUGCCAAACCAUCGGGCUGCUAAAAGGUUAUGGAAGGUUUGUGUGGAGCACCAUACUUUCUACAGACUUGUAUCACCAGAACAGCCUCCUAAGGCAAAGUUCCUGACCUUGGGUUCCAAGUUCCGCUAUAGUGGCCGUACUCAAGCACAGACACGGCAGGCUAGCAACCUUAUAGACAGACCAGCUCCGUACUUUGAGCGCACCUCAAGCAAACGUGUCUCCAGGAGUCUUGAUGGGGCUCCUGUGAGUAUCACAGACCAAAGUCUGCUAAGGGACUUUUCUGCUACCACAGUGGGACCUGCUGGUGAAAUGGUCUUAGACGGUGAAGCUGUUGGCCAGACCAAGUUAAAAAAUGGCGAAGGUAGAGAUGAGGAUGGAAGCCCAACUAAAAUUCCACAGAUGGAAUUAACCCAGGAUGAAAAGGUGGAAACCGGAGAGGAGGAAACGCACCAGCAGGACCUGGAUAAGACCCAGGACGACUUACUGAAACAUCAGGCUAGCAUUAGUGAACUCAAGCGCAAUUUCAUGGAAUCCACACCUGAGCCACGCCCCAAUGAAUGGGAAAAGCGGCGUAUUACACCUCUGUCUCUACAGACACAAGGGAGCCUAGAAGAGGAAAUAACGUCAAUUUUAUUUAGUAAAGAGGGCUUUUCCACUAGCAUGAAAUCUACCUUCACUUCAUCCACCGCACGGACAGCAGAGGGCACUGUUGUGAAAGAUAAUGUACCUUCUGAAAUGCUUUCUGCCUCACCCUUCUUACAACUGCCUGAGAAACUUCCUUCCAGAGCAGAAGGGCCUUGCACUGGAGCCAGCGAUGCUGAUAAGAGUUCACAUGAGACUCUGAACGUAGUGGAGGAGAAGAAGCAGGCAGAGGUGGGGAUAGAAGAGACUGUAGUCAUAGACGAAAUCAACAGAGGGAAAAUGCAAGCUGUCACUGAUGCUGGGGAGACCUAUAAAGUGGAACAUGCGUCAAAAAAGGACUCUUCUUCAUUGUCAUCAGACAGCAGCAACAACAGCAGCAGCAGUAGUGAGAGUGAGGAUGAAGUGGUGGGAGAGUAUCAGCCCCAUCACAGGGCAGCUGAGGACAUCAUAAGAGAAGAACAAGAAGAAAAUGAAGAUGCCAAAAGAAAGGAGGAGUGUGCAACAAAAGUAAUACAGAGUGUGGAAACUGUACAAGAAGGCAGUAUAGUAACAGUUGAGCACACGCAAGUUACAGUGAAGGCUUUGGCCCAGGAAAAUGCAGUUGCCGUAAAAACUGCAGAGAAGAAUGUAAUGGAAGAGGGAAAGCAAGACCUGAAAGCAGAAGAUGAGGAAGAACAGCUCAGAAUAAACGGAGACGUGUCUCAUGUUGACAUUGAUGUUGUGCCACAAAUAAUCUGUUGUUCUGAGCCUCCGGUAGUAAAGACUGAGAUGGUGACCAUUUCAGAUGCCACACAGAGAACAGAAAUCUCCACCAAGGAAGUCCCAAUUGUUCAAACAGAGACUAAAACUAUUACAUAUGAAUCUCCACAGUUUGAUGGCAGUGCAGGUGGCGAUGCUGGUGUUCUGUUGAGUGCACAGACUAUAACGUCUGAAUCAGUUUCUACAACUACAACCACACAUAUCACGAAGACAGUAAAAGGUGGAGUAUCAGAAACAAGGAUUGAGAAGCGCAUUGUCAUCACAGGAGAUGCAGAUAUUGACCAUGACCAGGCACUGGCACAGGCAAUCAAAGAAGCCAAAGAGCAGCACCCUGACAUGUCUGUCACGAGGGUAGUGGUGCAUAAAGAAACCGAACUUGCUGAGGAAGGCGAGGAGUAAUGUCAAG